AGCAAGUUGGAACAGCUAUCAAAGCCAGCUACAGAUUGAGGAGUGCAUUUUACUUGCAAGCUUUUAACCAAAGCAUCGAACCUUGUGGGUAAUAUUCUCUAUCCUCGCUGUAAGCUGCUGAAGAAAGUAAAUUGUGCACAGUAAAAGAACCCAAGGUGUGAGCACGGGAUUGCGAACUAUAGAACGAAAUAAUGGCUGUUACCGCACUCGAAGCCUAUCUGUUCGUUACGGAGUAAUGUUAUCGAGCCUCACUAUUGUGGCAGCAUAUACGACAGUACUGUGCUGUUAAACAACAAACAUCGGGGAAAGGAACGGUAAAUCGAUUGGCAAACCCAUCUCCACAAAGCACUCGAAAGCCCAUAAACCUAAGCUAGGAAAAUAGUGAUGAUUGUUCAGGAACCGGUGCAGGCCGCAAUUUGGCACUGCUUGAAUCAUUACGACUACCAGGAUGCAACAUUCCUUGCGGAGAGACUUUGUGCAGAAGCGGAAUCCGAGGAAACUAUAUUUCUGCUGGCUACAUGCUACUAUCGUUCCGGUCAAAAACAUCAAGCACACUGGCUGCUUUCGAAAAAGAGCGUCCGUUCGACGCAAUGCCGUUUUCUACUAUCCAAAUGCGCGUUUGAUUUGAAAAAAUACUCCGAGGCCGAAAAUGCACUUAUAAAUGAUGACCACCUCAGGCAGCGGCAUUUGGAUGAAAUUGUGAAAGAGUUUGGAGACAUCGCGUGCUUUGCGCUUGAGUUAGUCUCAAAAAUAUGUCAAAAGACUGAGCGGAGUAAGCUUGCCAAUGAAGCUAGCCGGAAAGCGGUGAAGCUGAAUCCCUUCCUGUGGCAAUCAUUUGGUGAUCUCUGCAACCGUGGCGAAAAGCCAGAUCCAGAUAGUGUGUUUCAGCUGACCAGCACCGAUAUCUUUCAAACGUGCCAGGGGCAUCAGUAUAAUUCGAUGGUUUGGUUCGGCAACGGUUCCACCAUUAUAGAUAGCUCGGACCUGAUCAGCGGCAAUGCAGAUAAUCCAUCGACCCCAAUUGACCAGUGUCUUACGCAAAACCUAAACACACCAAACAAUGUGAACCAUCCGGGAGGGCCUCCCGGAGUCGGUUUAGGUCUUGCACCGUGCGUACAGCCAGUUGGAUUGCAGCAGCAAAAUUCCUCGUACUUUAAUAGUUCCGUCACGUCGAUGCGCGUCGGUGGUGGAAACCUCAGCGUAGACGACCAGACCCCGACGCAUGUGUGCUCCGAUCUGAAUACGCCAUUCCGUAGGCAGCAGUUUAAAUAUUUGUCAGCAAUAAGCCCUUCGACGCCUAGUUUCGGCAUACUGCCGAUUGUCAACACGCCGGACGAACCGGUCGCUUUUCUGCUGACACCGUCGCCUCAGCUACUUGUUACUGGAAGUGGUACGCCUACCGGGCCACCGGUUACCCAACCAACGAUGCAGUUUGCUGCGGGUACGCCGCCACCGCCAGGCCAGGGUUUGAUCGGUGACGGUGCGGCAGGCGAUCAACAAGCCGUGGGUCCAAAUAGAAAAAUAGCCCUUUUGAAUAGCAACAAGAAAAUGCGCCGACAUCAUCACAGCAACCUGGGCACGAUGGGAAACAUCAUCAACCGCAAGCACGAAUCGCCCCAUCAUCCACCGCAGGCGGCCAUUCAAUUGCUUCAGCAACAGAGUACAAACACGAAACCGAUCGUUUUCAGCCAGACAGGAAAUCAAAUAACAACCCCUCGAACCCCGAACACCACCGGCGGGGCGCUCCAGCAGGGUCAAAAUGUGCGCAGAAGUUCGCGACUGUUUAGCAACAGCAACUCGGUCAAGGAAAAUGCCAAGAGUCCGCAGUUGAACAACAAGUUUGUGGCACCCCGGUCGCCUCCGAGGCGCGCCAAGCAGCGCAUUUCAAAGACAAUCAACAACAGCGUCACGACGCUUCUGGAGAACAUCCCGGAAAAGAAGAGUGGCGGUGGCGAUGUGCCGAUAAAAGAGAAAAUAGAAACAAUUACCUCCACGGUGGACGACAGUGCGAGCCUGCUGAACGAGAAGGUCCUGCUGAACAACAGCAUCAACAGUGCACAGAGGAUGGCCCAGCAGGUGCUGCAGAUGAAGAAACAGAGUGCCGACGGGUUGAUGGCUUUGCUGCGCGAGCUCGGCCAUGGCUAUCUGAGGUUGCAAAACUUUGAGUGUGAGAAAGCGAUCGAACACUUCUCGAACGUUCCGCUGCACCACUACGAGAGUAGCUGGGUGAAGAGUAUGAUAGCACUAGCCCAUCACGAGAUGCGCGAGUACGAGUCGGCCGCGCAGGUGUUCCAGGAAAUCCACGAGCGCGAACCGCACCGCUUGCAGUACAUGGAAAUUUACAGCACCGACCUGUGGCAUCUGCAAAAGGAUGUGGCGCUCUCAGCCCUGGCACAAGACCUCAUGGCGCAGGAUAAAACGUCACCCAUCACGUGGUGCGUGGCAGGGAAUUGCUUUUCGGCCCACAAGGAGCACGAGACAGCGAUCAAGUUUUUCUUUCGUGCAAUUCAGGUCGACGAGGAGUUCGCCUACAGCUACGCGCUGCUUGGCCACGAGCUGGUGAUGACCGAAGAGCUAGAAAAGGCACUAUCAAUGUACCGAUUGGCGGUGUUGCAUGAUCCGCGACAUUACAAUGCGUGGUUUGGCAUCGGAACCGUGUUCUGUAAGCAGGAACGGCACGAGCUGGCUGAGCUGCACUAUCGGCGCGCUUUACAGAUCAAUCCGCGGAACUCGGUCAUUAUGGUACAUAUUGCCGUGAUGCAGUUUUUCCUGCGCAAGACCGACCAAGCUAUACGGACGUUGAAUGGAGCGAUCGCCUUGGACCCGAAGAAUCCGCAGUGCAAAUUUCAGCGCGGCUCAAUGUUCUUCAUGCUGGGCCGAUAUCACGAGGCGCUCAAAGAGUUGGAAGAACUGAAGCAGAUCGUGCCAAAGGAAGCGAUGGUGUACUACUUGAUGGGGAAGAUCCACAAGAAACUAGGCAAUGUCGAUCUGGCGCUCAUGCACCUAAGCUGGGCCACCGACCUGGGCUCCAAGGGAGCGAACAACCAGAUAAAGGACAACUUUGAUUCCAUCAUACGUACGCAAGAUGGGGAUAUCAGCACCGUGGAGGGACCCGGCGUUAGUGGUGACCCGGCUGUGGCGGCAGAAGAAGGAUCCGCUGAAGCAGGCCCAUUGCGGGACGAUGAUAACGGCCGAAGGGAUGAUCAGGUGGACGGUAGUGCGGUGGUAGGAAGCAGACACGAUCCCGAAGUCGGAAGUAGUAGUAUCGAUCCGGACUAUUCGUUCGGUAUUGAACAGGUUUCUAGCGAUGAUUCCACAGCCGCUGUCAGUAUGCGAAAUGAGUCGCUGGAUAUAAUAGCAAAUAAUUUUUAUGACAGUGAUAGCUACUAGGUGUACAACUAGAUUCGGGGCUCUCUAGCGUAGGCGGGGAGUUCCUUCGGUUCUUACACCAGUCAUCUACGAGUCAUAAGCGAACGCUGCUGCUGCCUCAAAAGCGUGUGAUCAAAUGUAGCAUACUAAUCACGGUAAAUGCGUAAAUUUCUUUGUAUGUUGCCCACGUUUCCCUUAUAUCUCUGUGUCUUGGAAUCUGUGUUUUCUAGUAAUCUAUUCACCGUCUGAACAUGUAUAUGGAUUUAAGUCAUUUUUUUCUUUCUGUUAUUCCUUUUUUAUAGUAAGUUUCAGGUUAUAACCAAUUCAGUUUAUGUAAACCCACCAAAAUAUAUAAAAAAUUAAUAAAGUGCCGGAAUAUCA